GGGAGAGAUGGCCAAAAACUCGGCUCGUCGUAACUGAAUCGUGAAUUCAAAAUGAUUUUUUUAAAGGGGCUUUAUGCAAACCCUAAAUUGUAAAUCUAUGAUCCAUUUAUGCACAUGUUAUUCUUUUCCCCAUAAUUUCUUAGGGCUAUUCCAAUCAAGAUCAACCGCCGAAUCAUCUUCGUCGUCGAACAUUCGUCGAGUGACAGCCAUUGUAAUCGACAUGGAGUUCUGUAUCGAUCCUUACCUCUCUAUAUCCUCCUCACUCAUCUAAUUGAGCCCCGCAGAUGGCCCUCAAACUACCUUGCAUCUCCGGCAUCCCCUUCAAUUAUUACCUGGUGCGAUUUCUUUUUCCUUUUUCCUUAAUUUGCGUCUCCGGCAUCCCCUCAAUUGUUACCGCUUGCUUUGUUUCCUUUGCAGUUAGCC